GAGGUCGGAUUUUAGAUCUAAACACGAGCUCGCGCUAAAUUUGAGACGCUGCAACCUUUGAGUGUAACGUUAAGAUUUUCACUAGUCGACACACGCGAGCCGUCAGCUGAUCUCUUCCCAAACACGAGACUAACAUGAGCCAGCAGAAGAUUGGAGUCGUGGGCAGCGGCCUAAUUGGCAGGAGCUUCUCUAUGAUCUAUGCCAGCGCCGGCUAUAAAGUCGUCAUCUAUGACAUCCAGGCCUCCCAGUUGGAGUCUGCGCAGAAAGACAUCUGGCAGCAGCUGGUCGCUUUGGAAGGUCAAGGUCUCCUCAGGGGCACGCUGACGAAGGAGGAGCAGUUUAAUAAUAUAAGCACCACAUCCUGUCUGAAAGACUGCGUCAGUGGUGCUUUCUUGAUACAGGAAUGUGUCCCAGAGGUUUUGGAUCUCAAACGUCGCGUGUGGGCAGACGUCGACAAGUUGGUCAGCAAUGACGUCAUCUUGUCGUCAUCCACCAGCGCCCUCCUACCGUCGGCAAUAUCAGAAGGGCUGCAGCACAAGAACCGCUUCAUCAUAUCUCAUCCGACAAACCCUCCAUUCUAUGCCCCUGCCACAGAAGUAGUUCCAGCCAGCUGGACUGACCCUGACGUCACAGAGCGUACACUGUCUCUAUUGAAAGAGGUUGGGCAGGUUCCAGUCCUCAUAAAGAAAGAAGUGCCUGGGUUUGUCCUUAACCGCAUUCAGUAUGCCAUUUUGGGAGAAUGCUUCAGACUAAUCAGGGAUGGAGUUGUUACAACUGAGGAUUGUGACCUAAUCAUGUCACAAGGACUUGGUGUUAGAUAUGCUUUCAUGGGUCCAUGGGAGACAGCCUACCUCAAUGCUGAAGGUAUGUAUAGCUACAGUGAACGUUACGCAGAUAUGAUAUUAAACAUACAAAAAGACUUUGGCGAACCUGCACGCAUGGAUGGCCCCACGUUGGAUGCCAUACAACAAAGUCUAGAGAAGACUUCGGCCAAAGUAGAAGACCUACCAGCCAGAAGAGAGUGGAGAAACAAGAGACUGAUUGCUUUAGCUAAGCUGAAACAAGAGCUAAACAAAGCUGACUAGCCAGUUGAAUGUUAACUUUGUUUAACCUUAUAACUUACAUAUUGUUGUAUUGUAAUGUUUAUAAACAAGUUAAUCUUAAAAAGUGGUAAAUGAAAGCAAUAAAUUAAAGCAAUAUUAACUUAA